AUGGCGCGAAGCUAUCGAUUCUGCUGCAUCACGGUCGUCGUCACAGCUGCUGCUCUGGCUCUCGCUGCUGUUGCCGGCUACUUGUUUCUCAUUUGGCUCAUAGUCACUCUCUUCGGCGAGGUCUUCAGUGAAGUCGACGAUGCACUGUCGACGCCUACGCCGGUUAUUUUGUCAACAACUCUCGGUGCGAUUUUCGGCUACGUUCAGGAUCAUCCGAUGAACGUGCUCAUAAUGAUUCUGGCGUCCCUCCUGCUGAUGAAUGCCCUUGCUGAGUUGGAUCUAUCGCAAACCGGCCUACAGCUUUGA